AUGGAAGUCACAUUUUCAAUUCACUGCAACGUCUCGUGUUAUGACAAUGUAUAUAUUGUUAUCAAUGGUAAAGAAAAGAUCAUGGAGUGGACCAAAGGAUAUAUAUGGAGAUUGACAAAUAAGUUCAAUAUUGGUGAAAGAAUCACUUGGUUUUACGAAGUGAAGAACAACAAACGAAUUCAAGCGGCUGAAAAUGUAUUAUUUUUAAGAGAAAAGGUGAUAGACAAAAGUGGCGUCUAUUUUGAUGUGUAUGAUUGUGGAAUAGAAGAAACUUGUUAUUUUGAGAAUGUAACAACUUUUGAUACAUUCUUGACUAAUGAAUUGAAGAAAGGGUGUUACUCGAGAAGAAAGUCCAAUAUUCUUCGUGUCACACAACAACAAACUGAAAGUGUUGAACCGAAAAGAAGCAAUUCCGAAGGAAUCAGACCAAUAGAGGAACAACCAGAAAAAAAGCCAAUUGUGAAGAGAAAAUUGUCCCUCAACACCGAGUCUUCUAAAAAAUUGAUUCGUUCUAUAAUCCGACAACAACUCAAUAAAUAUGAUCUUUUAGAUGCUGUUAAAUCGGACGAGAAUAUCGAAAAAGAGUCAACUAUAGAAGUCCCUCGUAUUUGA